AUGGAUAAGAAAGUGUGUGAAAAAUUCGAGAAUAUAUGGGAGGCAUUUCCCGAUGAAUUGAACAGUAGUGGAGAAUACAAAUUUAAAGAUACUAAUUUUUUAAAUAGUCAUUGUGACGGUAAUACAUGUGAUAAUGAUAUCGAAAAAAUUAGUGCUGGAUUUUUUUAUUUGCUUAGUGGAUUCUUUGGAGGUUCUGAUUUGUUUAACUUUGAUGAAAAAAGUAAAAACGAUAUUUUUUAUUACAUUAUGAUAUGGUUAAGUUAUAUGUUAAACCUAAAGAAAAAUGAAUCAAACGACAGUCUAAAAUAUUUUUAUGAUAAAGAUAUAAAAAUUCAUCAAAAGUAUACAAAUCCUAUAGCUGGUUUUAAGGGGUAUAAUAGUUAUAAGGAUUUUUUAGAAAAAAAAAUUGUGAAUAUGGAUAUUAAAGCUAUAUCUAAAUUUUAUGCUCCAUUUAAAUCAUUAUGUAACAUGUAUUAUGAAUUUAAUGGAAAUAAUAAAAAAUGCAAGAAAUAUUUGGAUGAUGAUAAUGAAUUUUUUAAAAAAUAUAAAGAACUUAAGAAUGAUUCUGAUAUUACUGAUAGAAGUCCAUAUAAAGAAAUAUUAUCUGCUUUAUCAACUGAUUAUAAUAAAUUAAAAAAUGAAUGUAACAAGAUUUCGUCCUCUCAACCGAAAGGAACAGAACAAAAUCUUGUACACAGUUCUGUAGAUACAUCAUCAAGUUCGUCGAUAGGAAACAAAUUAAUUUCAGUUUUAUCGGUAUUUGGUGCAAUAGCAUUUCUUUUAGGAAUUUCUUAUAAGUAUUCGUUAUUUGGAUUUCGGAAACGAUUUAAAAAACAACAAAUAAGAGAAAAAAUAAAAAAUAUAAAGAAGAGAAUAAAUCAUUAA